AUGAAUAUAAUCAAGCCAUUUUUCAAUGGCAAUAAAAAUGAAGAUGUUCCUGAGUUUCGAAAUCGUGUUCGUUACAUCAGAGAUUCAUGUAAAGUAUUAGCUGAUCUUUGGAAAACAGACAAAGAUGUAUUAAAUAAAAGUAUUGAUAGUGAUAUAUUAAAAGUAUUUAAAGAGUUUCGUAUGAGUGAUGUUGCCCAAGGUUAUCAUUCUCCAUAUGGACAAAAUGGUUCUCCAUCGAUUUUAAAUUCAACUAUUGAUGAUUUAAUAGAAAUACAUGAAUUUAUUGAUGGAAAAAGAAAAGAAUCAAUUGAAAAUUUUCGAAAAAUUAGUGAACAAGCUAGAGAAAAACAAUUAUUUAUUCGACAAACAAUGUCAGAUCUUCGUGAUAAUUAUGAACGUGCACAACGAAAAUUUGAAACAGCUGAAGCUAAUUUAAAAAAAUUUCGAACUCGAUCCGAUCGUAUAACAAUUCCAAAUUAUGAUGAACGUCAUCGUGAAUUAGAAGAUAUUCGUAGAGAAUCUGAUCAAAUACGAAUAUUAAAUCGUGAUAAUUAUAUAACAGAAACAAAUCGUAUAGCUAGUGAAGAAUAUUUCAUAACUUAUGAUUUAUUUAUAAAAUAUUUAUUUGAAGAAGAAUCAUUUUAUAAUAAUAUUCAAAUAUAUUUAUCAAAUCGAAUACCAAAAAUAAAAAAUCGUUUAGAUAAUUAUAAAUUAGCACCAUCAUUUCAUUGUGAUUUAUCUGAACAUUGUUUAAAAAGAAUUCAACAUCCAAUAGCUUAUCCUAUUGAAAUGUGUAUUUAUUUAUUAGAAAAUUCUAUUGAAGAAGAAGGUCUUUUUCGUAUUGCACCAGCACAACAAAAACAAAAAAAAUUUGUUACAGAACUUGAUUUACAAAUUAUUAAUAAAAAUAAUCAAUUAGAAGAUCUUUCUUAUGAUGCACAUGUACCAGCAAAUACACUUAAACAAUAUUUAAGACAACUUCCAGAUUGUUUACUUACUCAUGCACUUUUACCUUUAUGGAAUCAAAUUACAUUAAUUAGUAGUGACAAAGAUCGUCUUCAACAUAUUAGUCAAUUAAUAAAUAAAUUACCUAAAGUUAAUUAUGAUAAUCUUUGUUAUUUAAUUCGAUUUUUAAGUCGUGUUGCUGAAUAUUCAUCUGUAAAUAAAAUGACAGUCAGUAAUAUAGGUAUAUGUAUUGGAUGUAAUAUUCUCUAUCCAAAAGAUCAAUCAUCUAAUAUCUAUAUGUCAAAUUCGUUUACAAUUGGUUCACUUAUAGUUGAACUUAUGAUAAUACAUCAUAAACAAUUAUUUCCAUCAAAUAAUCAAAUAGAUGUUGAACUUGAUAAUAAAAGAUUAUAUCAAUCGCAACCUGAUCUUAUUCCAACUUUUAUUCAAUCUAAAACUUCUACUAAUUCCAAUGAAAAUAUAGUUAAUACUCAAUCACAAUCAUCACCAAGAAUAAAUAAAAAAAAACGAGCACCUCAUGUACCAUUUGAUCGACAAGUAUCAAUUGAAGUUGAGCCAACAGUUACUCGACAAAUCAAUGUUGAACAUAUAUCAACAGAUAAAAUUUCUUUAGAACAAACAACAGUAUCAAGUUCAUCAAAUUCAAAUUCAAAUGGAAAAAGUUCUCAUCGUCAUGAAAAUACGGAAAAUUUAUUAGAAAAUCCAAAGAGUCAAUCACUUUUGUCACAACAUCGUCAAAAAUUUUCAAAUAAUAUUAAAGAGCACGAUGUUAUUCAAUCAAAAAGAGAAGAUAAAAUAACAUCAAAAGAAGUCUUAUCAUUUAUUCCUACAUCUAAUGAUGAUAUUCAUCUUAUUAAAAUAAAUCCUGAUAUGAAUAGUCAGAUGGCUAAUUCGAAUAAAGAUUCAGCUCAAACAAAUAAUAGUCGGUUUACUUCGCAUCAUGAUAAUACAUUAAGUCCUUCAGAAGAAAUAACUCAAUUCUAG